AUGCUCUAUAAGGUUGUCUUCGCCGUCGUUGUCUCUUUUGCUUUGACUUCUGCUCUUCCGAUUACAGGAGACAUCGGAGGAAGUCUUCCAAGUCCCCUUGGAGGUAUCCUCAAGCAACUAACCGAUCUCUUGGAUUCCUUUAAAGAUCAACUUCCUGUUCCACUCCCAGAACUUCCAGAAGUUCCUCUUCCAGAAAUUCCAGAGCUUCCAAUUCUCCCUGAAGUUCCAACCAUUCCAGAAGUUCCAACUUUUCCAGAAAUUCCAACUGUCUCAGAAAUUCCGCCUAUUCCAACUGUCCCAGAGAUUCCAUUUGCCUAA